ACCAUUCAAAGGGCAUAAAGGAGCGUCUAAAGCCAGCUAACAUUCGAAUCCCAGACACAACCACCAAUCCGGGGUCUUCUUCAGAUCUUCUUGCCUCCCCACACCUGACACUGCAAUCUCCAAUCUCUCUCUCAUUCUCUAACCCUCUGAACUCAGGAUCCGUUGAUCACUAUAAUUUGCAAGAGUAUCAUCUUUUUUUACAGAUUGCAUAAUCUACUCUAUGGAGGCCUUUCGAUUCAAGCUUCUCACCCCCCUCCUCCUUUCGCUUUGUCUGGUUGUACCUCUGACCCUUGCAACCGACGUCAAAUACUGCGAUAAGAAUGCUGACUACGCUGUUAAGGUCACAGGGGUUGAGAUAAUCCCCUAUCCCGUUGCCAGAGGCAAGCCGGCUACCUUCAGCAUCUCUGCGUCUUCAGGGAAAGCAAUAUCUGGAGGAACAAUGGUGAUUGAUGUCUCGUAUUAUGGAUGGCACAUCCACAGUGAGACCCAUGACCUUUGUGGAGAGACAUCUUGCCCUGUUUCAACUGGCAAUUUUGUGGUUUCUCACUCACAAGAGUUACCUGGAUUCACUCCCCCAGGCUCAUACUCUCUUAAGAUGAAGAUGUACGAUGCAGACAAAAAUGAGCUGACCUGCAUUGGCUUUGAUUUUGAGAUCGGCUUUGGCUCGUCUGUGGCUGAUAGCUAAGUUCUUCCAAGAAUGAAUUUCUAUUUGAGUCUCCAAAAUCACCAUAUGAAUAGCAUGUACAAAGGAUUCUCUUCACAGUUGGUUCCUUGUACUCUCAACCAUUGCUAUUUUUAUCUGACUUAUAAAUAUGACUAGCUCCACUACGAAGGAGACUAUGGGAAGUUAUUUCUGCAGCUACAUUGGGUGGGAGGAAUUAUGAUAUAUUCUGUUGUUUUAUGUAGAUAAAAUAUUCAUGCA